AUGCACCAUAUAAGGGUACAAGUGGGGGCUUCUAUCAGUGCCUGUGAUGAUAAUCAGAAUUCUGGAGAAGCACCAAUGUUCACAGGAUCAGCAACUGGUGCCCUGACUCACAGCUUUAUCCAAAUAGUAGAGCGCAAUGAAGCGAGAUUGACGUAUGGUUACUUAAUUUCAACCAUGCGAAAUUAUAUUCACGACGCGCAGAAAGCCCUGUCGAAUGGGAGAAUUGAAGCAGAUUCAGUGCAGGAACCUCAAUUGUCAUCGUCUGAACAGUUUGAUGUUCACUCGAAGAAGUUUGUUUUAUGA